CAUUUCACGCAGAAAAUGAUUUGCGUAUGCUGCCUUGGCCUGUUCAAAGUCCAGAUCUCAAUCCAAUCGAGAAUCCGCGAGAUGAGACCAAGAAAAACCAUACUACCUUGCUGAACUUGACUGACAGGUCAAAAAAUCAUGAAGAUACUAUCGAAAAUUUGGUUAAUAGCAUGCCACAGCGAAUUCAAGCUGUGAUUGCGACAAAGAGAGGCACAAUUACUUA